GUCUCGGAGCUGAAGUCAGGAUUCCCAGUUGAGAUUCAGACCGUUACACGCCGAGAGACCGACACCUGGCCUGCGUCUGCCGCCGUCCUGCUCACUCUGUACCGAAUAUAACCGACUAACGGUCCGCCAUGGGAGUCGAAGGCUGCACCAAAUGUAUCAAGUACAUGCUUUUCUUCUUCAACUUCAUCUUCUGGCUUGCAGGAGGUGUAAUCCUGGGUGUGGCCCUGUGGUUGAGACACGACCCCCAGACCAGCAACCUGCUGGAGCUUGAAUUAGACGGCAGCCAUGCCCCCAGCACUUUCUACAUCAGUGUCCACAUCCUGAUUGCUGUCGGCGCAGUGAUGAUGGUGGUUGGUUUCCUUGGCUGCUAUGGCGCCAUCCAGGAGUCCCAGUGUCUAUUAGGAACUUUCUUCGCCUGCCUGGUCAUCCUGUUCGCCUGCGAAGUUGCAGCUGGAAUCUGGGGCUUCAUGCACAGAGACACUGUGUCAAAGGAGAUGAUCAACUACUAUGACUCCGUGUACGAUAAGUUUGCAACAGACACCGCCCUGAACCAGGAGAGCGCAAAGGCUACCGCCUCUGUGCUCAAGGUCUUCCACGAGACGCUGAGCUGCUGUGGGAAAGGCAAGGGGACCUCCGUAUUCUCAAAGUUAUCAGACGCAUUAGGCCUGACUGACAUCUGCCCCAAGUCUAAAACAGAUGAUUGCCACACGAGGAUCAAUGAAUUGUUCUCAGAGAAGAUCUACCUGAUCGGUAUCGCCGCUCUGGUGGUUGCAGUUAUUAUGAUCUUCGAGAUGAUCUUCAGCAUGGUGUUGUGCUGCGGGAUCCGCAACAGCCCGGUGUACUAAAGCGACGGGCCACCAGCCUGCUCGCCAAUGAAGGAAGGAUGACCUCUCCGUCUCCGUCUCAUUCUUUUCCUUUUCUUUUAUAAGCAGGAAACGUUGCAUAUAUUGCUUGCUGGAUUUAGUCAGCUCUUUGAGAAGACAACGUAAACCAUCCUCCAUUGAGCAUUUUAAUUACACUGUCAACUAUUUUUUUGUUAGUCACAGAUGCUGUUAUGCAUAUUUGACCAGUGCUAUCCUAACCUGAUAUGUAGAUAUUAUAUCACACUGUCACACAUGAAUGACAUUCACCAGUUUCGGUGCUCUAAUCCUUUAGUGACGCAUUAGUUGUUUACUGCUUCCUUGCCUAUGAACAUGCUCUUAUAUUCUUUGUUUUAUGGAUGUUUUUUUUUUCACUGUUUUAUGUAUAAACUGUAUAUAAAUAUAUAUAUUAACAGUGCUUUAUGACUGCCUAAGCAUGGAAAUUGUAUUACAGUAGAUCCUUCUCCUGUAUUCUUCCUGCACUCUCUGCUUGUUUGUCUUGCUCUAGACUGAACCAGAUGAUGGUGUAUACGACCGGCACUAGUGAAGCACUAGUGUCACUAGUGUUGGCUUCACCAUGCCACAUAGAGGUGAACACACACGAACACACGUCCCUGUCCUACAGACCAUUGUCUUGGUUCACACCCACACUGCUGUGUGAUGUCUGUAGGAACUGACUAAAGAAGGAAUCUCAGUUAUUCUUGGAAGCUGGAACCAAAGUCAAAGUGACCUGAUGUCUGUCAUUUUGGCCCUCUGGAAUUAUUCGUUGAUCUGUCUUUAGCUGUUUGUCAUUCAUCAUGUGUCCAAAAUUGUCUGAGUGCUCAGUUGCAUAAAACGUUUAAGGAAAGUGUUUCCCUCAGUAGUUGUCUUUAGAUUAUCCUGAGAUAUAAUGAAGUCAAUUCAGACGUAGGAGUAACCACCUACAUCUCAAAUUUUGUCAAAAGCCUUAAUUGUGUAGUUAAAAAAAGGCUUUUCGUUGUGAGUAUUGAACAUGUAAUGUCUGAUUUUCCCAAACAACAACAGGAGUAGCCAGGACGGAAACGUAACUAGCUUUUCCUGGACUGAGAAGUCAUUAUUUCAUCUUAGGAAUUUGUUUAAAAUUUCUGGAAACCUCCUUUGGUGUAUUUUUUUAUGUGAGAAACCAUAACAUUAAGAUGAAUCUAAAAACUUAGAGGUUUUAUACAACUGUGCCCUUAUUUGUGGAGGCAGCUCACUUAACACUCAAACCAUUUCUCCCAAAUCAGAAAAGUCCAAUUGAAAUAUGACCCAUAAUGUUUGGCUGACACUCCUGUUGCGUCCAUGUUUUGGUCUUGCGCUUUUUUCCACCAAACGUUGACCAUCACCACAUCGGCCAACUGUUCCUGGUUGGUGAAAGUCCAGCCCGUAUUCAGUGUAACGGCAGAAAGAGUCUUGGUUUGGUGUUCUGAAUCUGGGUUGCCUUGUCUGGUUGAGUCUAGUCCUGUUUCGUCUGACCUGGUUGUGUCAUUGUACUCGCCCUCUGGCUUCACAGCCUACUAACCCUUCCUCGUUGUCCCCAUUCAUGUAAUUGCUCCCAGUGCAGGGCAAGAACAGGGUGAAAGCAGCUCGUCUGUCCCGAGCCACCCAGUGGUUAGCACCAAGCUUGUUACCCCCUUGCUUAUGUUGCUUGGCUGUUGGUUUGGCCCUGUAUGCACCCCCGAACAGUUUAAGCUAGUGUGUUUGCGUGCACAUACAGAACAGGGGCAGACACAAAAUCAUGAACACCAGUGCAGUUGAAUCAAACUAUGUGCGAGAUGAAUGGAGGCCCAUUCCUGCCAGAAAGACUAAUUAAUGAAAAACUAGUAACGAUUAAAGAAGAUUUAUGAGGGAUGCAGGGACUUCUGGAAUCCCCCUCAAACCACAAGUUAGGGCAACCCAGUUGCCAGAAUAAGUCUUGGUGUUAUAAGUUUCUGCAAAUGCAGAUGUUACAUUUAUACAUCUCAUAUAUAGUUGAUUUGUUGUAACUUUCAAUUUUAUGUUGUGACCACACUGUGGUUAACAGGGUUUAGGCACAAAAAACAUGGCAGGAAAUGUAUUGACCUUUCAAUUAAAACAAAAACAAAAAAAAUUGUUGUUUAAAAAACAGCUGGGAAAGUCCCGACCUUCUGUUAAAAAAUACCCACUUUUGUCGCUAUAGUCGCAAUUUGCAACUACGAACAUGGCCGGAAAUGUCCCGACCUUCCGUUAAAAAAUACCCACUUUUGUCGCUACAAUCAUCGGUGGAAAUGUCCCUACCUCAUGUUUUUUUUUUAAACUUGUAGCUAACAACACAGCUGGAACACAGCUCAUGGCUGAAAAUAUCCCAACCUCCCGUUAAAAAAUACCCACUUUUGUCAUUGUGAUCAUGGCUGGAAAAGUCCCGACUUUGCGUUAAAAAAUACCCACUUUUGUCGCUGCAAUCUUCAGUGGAAGUGUCCCUACCUCUUUUUUUUUGUUUUGUUUUUUGUUUUGUUUUUUUACUUUCUUCUAGCUUUUAGUUAAAAAACACAGCUGGAAAUGUCCCAACCUUGCGUUAAAAAAAUACCCACUUUUGUCGCUGCGAUCAUGGCUGGAAAUGUCCCAACCUCCCCUUAAAAAAUACCCACUUUUGUCACUGCGAACAUGGCUGGAAAUGUCCCAACCUCCUGUCAAAAAUGACCUGCUUUUGCUGUUCGUUGGUCUGGAACAGUGGUUGCUGGUGUCUCACCUAGGCGUCACAUCAUGCACCAUCCCCUCCUGAUGAGAAACUCGUUUCACGUGUAAUCUGAACUACAUAACUUUAGAAAGUGUUGAUAUGAAAUGUAACAUAGCUGUGGUGUGCAAAAAACUUACAUCAUUGUAUUCUGGUAACUGGGCUGCUUAUAGUAUCUUCUAAUUAAUAUUCUAAUAUGUUAUUACGUUUGUUUCACUAAUUAAUUUCAGGGCUGUUGUAUCAGACUGUAUUAGAUUUUACAGGUGUUCGUGAUUUUGUGUCUGCUCUCUGUAAAUGCGUCUGUAGCUGUCUAUGGGUGAUCGCAGUGGUAGUAUUUGUACUAGUACAGGGCAGCGCAGUCACAUUACCAGCUACAGUGUUGACCACAAAUCAGUCUUAACUGCCCCGCUGAAGUUCAGCCAAUCAGAGCGCUCCCACCGGGCAUCUGACCACGCUGUUCAUUCGGCCCCGCAGGGUUCUCACUCCACCACGUAGGCUUCGAAGUAUUUUGUCCUGAGGUCUGUUCCUACAAGAUCCUGCUGCCGCUGACACUAACGCAUAACUGCACAGCACCGCAGUGCUCUAAGUUUCACGCAUCCUAAACACACACACACACACACACUCACAUUAAAUCAUAUCAUCUUGUGUAACCCUUCAUAUUAUCACAGCUUUUGUCAACCAACUAAAAACCUUGUCUUGUUAACAUCUCAUACUUAAACUGAGAAACAGUAAAAGUGUCUUGUAAUAUUUACAGCUCUGACAUACUAACGAAAAUCAUGAAGGCUGUAGAAAGACAAUGUAUGCCUUUUUUCUUCUUGUAUUGUGAUAUCUGUGUUUGGUACGUUGUCAAAAGGAGUCUCGACAGAAAGGGUGGAAGAUUUUGUGGCAGUGGCGACUGACAGGAGUCGAACCUUCAACACAUCAGCUAGUUUCUCCCCACUGAAAAAAAAAGCAUGACAGCUUCCAUCAGUCAAGUAUUCCCCAGUGAUGAGGACACUAGCGGUGUUUCUCUGACAGUACUGCCCAUGUUGCUGCCUUUUUAAUUUGGGACCCACUGCCACAUAAAUCUCAGCCCCUCUCUACUCUGUAGACUUUGGUUUGCCCAAAUAUAAAGGGAUUAAAUGUAUUUUACAAAUAAACAAUCAGGUGUU